GGGGCGGGGCCGGGGCCGGGGGCGCUGCGCGGGUCCGCUCGGCCCGGCCCGGGUCCUGUCCGGGGUCCUCCCCGCCGUGCGUGUCCCCGCCCCGCGUCCCUGUCCCCUCCCCUCCGUCCCGUGCCCUCCGAUCGCGGCCGGGCCGCACGGGGCGCGGCGCUGGGCCAUGGCCGCCGGCGGGAUGGGCAGAGCCGGCGCGGCGCGGCUGCGGGGCCCACAGGCGUGACAGCGGGGCGGGCAUGGCCAGCGGUCCCGGCGGGUGUGUGACAGCGGCGUGGCGGCGGCUGGAGCGCUGCGGCAGCACCCGCACCGCCGUGGGAGCUGCGUCCGCACGGGGAGGCAGCGGGCGCUGGCCAUGGAGCCGGGCACCAUCGACAACCUGUCCAUCCUGUACCAGAGCUCCGACUUCAUCGUGGUCAACAAGCACUGGGACCUGCGCAUCGACAGCAAGAUGUGGUACGAGACGCUGACGCUGCAGAGCCAGCUCAAGCACCGCUUCCCCGAGCUGGCCGACCCCGACACCUACUACGGCUUCAGGUUCUGCCACCAGCUGGAUUUCUCCACCAGCGGGGCCCUGUGUGUGGCACUCAACAAAGCGGCGGCGGGGAGUGCCUACAAGUGCUUCAAGGAGCGCCUGGUGACCAAAGCCUACCUGGCCCUGGUGAGGGGCCACGUGAGGCAGGGCCGGAUGACGAUCAGCUACGCCAUCGGCAAGAACACCACGGAGGGCAUGACCCACAUGAUGUGCAUCGAGGGGACAGAGGGCUGUGAGAAUCCCAAGCCGUGCCAGACGGAGCUGGUGGUGCUGGAACACGGAUCCUACAGCGGAGACCCCGUCACCAAAGUGCUGCUGCAGCCGCUGACAGGGAGGACUCACCAGCUCCGGGUCCACUGCAGCGCCAUCGGCCACCCCAUCGUGGGGGACUUCACCUACAGCCAGCGGCAGGACAGCAGCCCCUACAGGAUGAUGCUGCACGCCCACUACCUGCGCAUCCCCACCGGCAAGGAGCUGAUCGAGGUGUGCGCGCCCGACCCCUUCGUCACCGCCAUGGACAGCAAGUGGGUGCCCCAGCACGUCACCCUGCGCCUGGAGGACGUCAUCCAGGAGCUCAAGGACAAGGGCGCGCACAAGGAGGAGGAGGAGGAGGAGGAGGAGGAGGAGGAGGAGAGGCAGGAAGCUGCCGGAGAGGAGGAAGCGGGGAGUGAGGGCAGGAGGGAGGAGACGGAGGAGCAGCGGGCGCGGUGCGAGCAGUGGUUGGCCGAGUGGGCUCUGGAGUGAGCCUGAGCACGUCCCUGCAUUUCCUGCUCCACCCUUGUCCCAGCGGGUCCCCACGGAGCCCAGCGCUGCCUCCACGCCUGCACUCCCCGUACGGCUUCCCUCGCUCCUGGGGCUGGCACCAGGUGGAUUUUAGGAGCGGUUGAGGUGGGGUUCUUUUGGAAUGUGCAUCAUCCACCUGGCCACGGGAUGUCCCUUUCCCAGUCCUGGGCCUCAGCAGCAGAGUCAGUGUCACAUUCCAGCUUAGAGUGACCCCAAUGCUUUUCCAUCCCUGUCCUGGGGCUCGGGCACAGCUGGACACUGCCUUGGCCACGGACAUUCCCACAAGCUCUCCGUGCUUGGAUGCAGAAUUGCAGCUCCAGUGUCCGUGUCCCCUGUUCCCUCACUGCAGCUGCUGUGUCCUGGGGGAGACUGGGGGCUGGAGCACAUUCUGGGGACACUGAGAGUCCCCCAGUCCCGGGGGAAACUGGACUGGGCGUGGAAAGGUCCCUGCUCCUCACCCCCUUCCUCCCUUAGGAGGUUUUUAAAGGUUUGGUGAAGGUGAAGGAGUUGAUACCAAUGGAUUUUAAACUUUUUUCAAUUUUCUAGGGAGAGAAUCUAGUCUUUUAGGGUUUGUAAAAUACGGGUGGUCUCAGGAAUGAGGUAUUUUUAAUACUUCUGUGGUCGGACAGCCAGCAGCCCAAAGCUUUUCUAAUGGAUUUUAUUAUUCUUCUACUAGCACUGCCUUUCCUGCUUGUAUCCCUGCUGAGACAGGUCAGAGGCUUCGAGUCCCUUUGUGCUCACCCACGUGAGGAGGGAUCAGUGAGGGUCCCAUGGGGUGGCUCCUGCCUGGCAGCUUUCCAGAGGGACCUGCAGGCAGGUCCUGCAGCUUGGAAAGCUCUGGAGCAGCAGGAAAAGGAUAAAGCUGAGAGAAAGGCUGAGAAGUGCUGGGAGGAGCAGGCAGGAGCUCAGCUUUGACAGAUGCCAAGAAAUUUCCUUGGAAGUGCCCUUGCUUUGCUGGUCAUCCUGCUUUGCUUUCCCCUUCCCUGCUCAUCCUCUGCAGCCCCUGGAGGACGUUUGGACAUGAGGAGAACAGGACAGCUGGGGGGGACAGAGGGGCUGGAGCCCCAUCCCAGGGCUUUCGAGGGCCACAUCAGCACGUGCCCAGAGUUGUCACCAGCCCCAUCCCGUGUAAAAUGCACCUGAUGGGUUCACACAGCUGAUACUCCCACCCUGAGGGGGAAUAAUAACAAAUCACAGCCCUCUCCUUGUGGAUAAACACGGGAAAAGAAUCCUGGAAAUCCCCAAAAUCCCCGAGGGAUGGGCUGGGUGGAAUUGGCUCACCUGUCCCGUGUGUCCCUUCCUCUUGUGGCUCGGUGCCACCACCACAGGGUGGGAGUGGCCUGAGGUGCCACGGUGGGCUCUGGGCUGGUGCCAGGGGGCUCGGGGGAUGCUGGAGGAGCAGGAGCCCCUUGUCCUUCCUGUCCUGCCCAUCCCACCUGCCGGGAGCAGAACGAGCACAGCAAACGUGUUUGCCAAAGAUGCAAGCGUGACGCGCACAGGAGGUGACAGCAGAGACCCGCCCGCCCCAGGGACACUCACCCUGCCCGCGGUGGGGACACGGGGACACGCGGGGGGACACACGAGGAGCCCCCACACCCCAGCCCAGCCUCUGCUGCCUCUCCCCAGCGCCACAGACGGAAAGGAAUUCUCCUUACCCUGCACAGGGAGAUCUCCAGGGCCGUGUCCCCGUCCUGUCCCCUCCUGCCCGCGGCACCGGGGCUCCUCUCGUGUCCCGGGCUUGUGGCGUGGCUGUGAUGUCGUGUGCACUCCGCAGUUGCAGUUUUGGUGUAUUUGCUGUAUUAAACGUGUCUGCCCUUC